AUGCCACAGGAGCAUGGCACGAGCGCGCCAGCCGUGGAUGCAGCCGCGAAUGAAAUACAGGAUACGUCUUUAUUGGGAAUCCAGGAGCAUAUUGCAUCUCUCCUGCACCAGUAUCCCCAGGCUGUAACAGAAGUCGUCGCACUACCUACCAAAGACGGUCAACCAGUGAUAUCCCGCGAUAUAUGGAUCAGUGAGCACUUGAAGCGCAUUCUCCGGGACAUAAAUGCACCAUGGAUCUCUGGUAUAUUAAAAGAAUGCCAUAAUAGCAACACAUGUCAUGCAAUGCGUGUUGGCGAGGAUACAUACAUGUGUCGUGCGCAUAACGAUGGACGUUUGUGUACCGCGCGUGAAUACAUCAGCCACACAAUCGAUGCAGCCUCGGAGCAGCUGCAGUCGACCAAGCCUAUUUCAACCAGCGAGGAUAUGCGGCUACCGCGACCAUCCCACCAGCUCUUUUCUUUGGUGUGCAAGCAACUUGCACGCAUUUUCUCCCACAUAUACCUGCAUCAUCACGAUCUGUUUCAGCGCUGCGAGGUGACCACAUCACUAUAUGCACGAUUCAAAAAGCUCACAAAGACAUUUAAUCUAAUGCCAGAUGGGCUCCUGUUAAUGUGA